AUGGACCCUGCAGCGCAGACGUUGGUCGAUGGUAGGUAUCCUUGUGGGCAUGAAGAGGUUGUGGGUCUAAACAAGGGGAUUCAUAUCUAUAAAGAAUCCUUGAAGAUUGAGCCUGAUCAAGAAUACCCUGGAAAAUACCUGGUUGAAUUCACUUAUGAUGCCUAUGGCGCUGGCAGUAUUACCCUUCGUUUCGGUGAAAAACUGGGACGCGGCUAUAAUGAUGAUCUAACAAAAGAAGACCUGAUUCAACCAAUCACAGUGAAUAUCAAGCAAGAUUUGCGCCAGAAAUUCAAACAGGAACCUGGGACUGGAAUUGACUUUUCCUCAUAUACGGAUAGAUACAAGGUUAGGGUUACAGAUCAGACCUUAUGGGUGAAUGGAGCAAAGUAUGUGUUGCAUGAUAAGGAAGGAUUUGGUAAUUCUGAUGGUGCUGAUCUUAAUUGGAAUGAUCUUGGUAAAAAAUGUCUCAUCUGUUUAUCAAAAUUUCAAGACACCACUACCCUUCAUAGAGAAGGACGAAAAAUUGGAAAGUUAGUGGUCUAUGAUAAAAAAAUUGGGAAGGGGAGUAAUGAGACAAUUGUAUACGAGGGAAUUUAUGGCGAUAAGUCGGUUGCUGUGAAAAAGAUUGUAAAGGUGCAUCAUGAUGUGGCAUUAAAAGUGAUACAAAAUCCGCGUGUAUCCGAUCAACAUGCUAAUAUUGUUAGGUUGUAUGGUGUGGAGUACGAUCAAGAUUUUGUUUAUCUUGCUCUUGACAGGUGUAUAUGUAGCUUACAUGAUUUGAUAUUGUCACAUGGCAAUUCGAGUGCCGAAUCUCAACCAACAGUGAAAGUUUUUAAGGAUUUGGAAUUGUCGAAGCCUAGUAGGUAUCCUCCACCGAUCUUGUUCACAUUUAUGAGGGAUACAGUUGAAGGACUUGGCUAUUUACAUGGGCUUCGAAUCAAUCACGGUGACCUAAAGCCUCAAAAUGUCUUAAUACACAAUGAUACUUCUAGUGUAGUGAAGGUCUCAAAUAUGGGCACGAGAAAAUACAGAGCUUUAACCAAAAGCACAACAGGCUAUGGGAGUGUGAGGUGGCAAGCACCCGAGCAACUUAGGAAUGAAGAACCUACGCCUGCUGCGGAUUUAUUCAAUUUUGGGUGUCUGCUUUUCUUUUGUAUCACUGGUGGUCGACACCCGUUUGGUGACAUUAUAGAUGAUCGUGAUAAUAAUAUUUUGCAUGACAUGAAAAAUCUGUCACUGGUAGAAAAUAUUCCAGAAGCCUAUGAUCUUAUCUCUCGUCUCCUACAUCCCGAUCCAGAAUCCAGGCCAAAAGCUGGAGAAGUAUACAACCACCCUCUAUUCUGGGAUCCCGAGACCCGUAUUUCCUUCCUACUAACAGCAAGUCAAAAAGUAAAACGAAGAAAACCAAAUGAGUGUGAAACCAAUUCCAAUCUCAUUACAUCACUCGAUAGAAGGGCCCUCCAUGUCUUCAGUGAAAUUUCCAAUCGGAUAGCCUUUUGGAUAAUUCACAACAAUUGGGCUUAUCCUGUUGAUGGAGAUUUCUAUUUCUCCGUUGGCGUUCCUUCCAAUUACAGGAGGUCAUGA